UAUAGGAUUUGCUUCUAACAUGAAAUACAAUCGUAUCAUACCCAGAAGAUUACAAUGCAGCGAUCUUGCAUGCAAAAACCAUAGGUUUUACUUCUGCAGAGACCACAAAGUCUAUUCCUGCAAAGGAUGUGCCACCAAAAUGCAUUACAAGUGCCAACUUAUCACCAUCCAAGACCUCACGGAUCUCAGAACUGAUAUCAAGGAAGUCCAGAAACUAGUUGUGAGGUUUCAGGAACUAGCAACAGAGAAUGGUUUGGAAGUGUAUCUUUCGAAUAUCAAUAGUGUCAUCAAAGGUUAUCAAGAAGACUUGACUGAAAUUGAAAGAAAGAUAAAUGAAGCUAUUGAGCAUGACCACCAUGAGAAAUUUAACGGUCUCAGAUCCCAAAUAAGACAGAUACAAAAUCAUAUGGCCGAUGAACAAGUCAUCAAAGAUAUUCUGUUCUUGUCUACCACAAGAAAUGCGAGUAGAUAUGGUCUUCCGAGAGUCAGCGAUGAGUUCUCUUCUGCCAUCAAGGUCGAGCAUAAAAUUGACGCUGUAGUAAAGCAAAAUAUCAAAUUGAUGGAGAAGAAGUUGGAAAACGAAGCCAGAAAAAUUGAAAAGCAAUGCAAAGACAGACUCUCAGAAGAGUUCAAAGAGCGUAUCCAAACAUUAAAAGCACAGAAAGAAGCUCAAGACAUUGAAAUCGAAGAGCAGAAACAAGCUACAGAGCAGGUGUUAAGACAAGCCCAAGAUUUACUGAAACAAAAACAAGAAACGUUCGCUGAGAAUCAAGUUCUAUUGAAUCACAAGACUCAACUUGAAAUAGAGUUAUCACAGAAAGUUGAAGAGAUUAGGCAAGCCAAAGAUCAGCACACAAAGAAUGAGGAUGAAAUCUCCAAACUUUGAGAAGAAUUGAAGGAAAAUAGCACUCAGCUUGUGAAGAUGCAAGAGAAAGCAAAACAUCUGCUCAAAAAUCUGACUCUCAAUAUGGAGGAAGAAACAGCAAAGACUUUAGUGCAGACAAUGGAACAAAACAAGUACCCUAUUGGGGUCAUACACAAACUAAAGAUUGACAAAGUUGUCAAUGGGGACACUAUUCUCAGCAAGUUUAUGACUUGCUCUGCUCCUUCCUGUCUCAAGCUCUUUGCCUUCAACCAUAGCUAUCUCAGUGAUAAUGAAGGUGACAAAGCAGUAAAAAUAAAAUUUUACUUGCAAGGCCUGAGGAAAAUCCUUCCGAGAGUAACCAAAGAGAUAUACUUAGAGUGCUUGGUGAUAGACAGUAAAGACUUGAGUCAAAUAGUCAAAUGGGCAUCCAAUGCUGAGAGAUUGACUGUUAGAUGGAGUAAAAUUUCAACUUCUGACUCUCUUGAUUUCGCAUCUCCUCAACAAGCCAAACUAAACUACCUUAGUUUACUUAAUUGAGGAUGCAACGACUGGUGCAAUAUGAACUGGGAUGAGUCUCCUGAAAACUUUGAAAAAAUCAUAGUCGCAAUCAAGAACUGUUCUCUUAAGGACUCCCUCACCCAGGUCAAUGUACAAGGCUGAAAGAUAUCUACUUCAAAGGUUUCUGAACUGCUGAGUUCACAUGGACUAUCUCACAUCAGUGCUAUUGCCGAAGGAAACAAACCUUUAGAUUAAUAAUUGGUUUCAAGUUAGAAUCA